CGACGAUAUUAAUAUAAACACGGUUUCCAAAAAUAAAUUUGCGCUGUUAAUAGAAAUAAAACACCACGUAAUCUUUGGCACUCAUAAGUAUGCCGUCGCAGUUACGAAGUCACUUGAACAAUUAUACAGGGCACUAAAGUUAAAUGAAUGCGACGAAUUAUCAAGUCUUAACUGACUAUUAUCUUUCAGCAAUUACUCUUCACUGCAUAUGUUAUUCACUAGUUAUUUCGAAAAAAAUAGAAUAUAAUCUGUAAAAUGAAUGCCUUACAAAUAUUUUCGUUCGGAGAAACGUUACUUUAAUAAAGUCGCAAUUUUUUUUGGUUUUAAAAGUAAUUAGAUUCACUGAUUUUAUACAAUUUAGAAGCACCUUUGGUCACGUUUACACGCUGUUUCUGCAACGUUUAUCUUAGUGUGCUCAAAGUUUCUGGUAUCGCGCGAAUGUUUUAUAAAUAGAUUGUGCACUCUUUGGCCAUGGUACACGAUUAAUCGCCAGAAAGGCUCAACUGUUUUUAUCAAUGCAUCCAUGUAAGUGCAGAUAAUGACAUUUACCUUCUCGCCCGACGCAUGCCAAUCGGAUAUCAAACGCCACGUCAUUUAUUUUACAAAGUCAGAUCAUUAGAGUCUAAUUUCGGUUUUUAGUCUCGUAUUAUUUAUCCUCGUGAAUAAAUUGCGUUUUCAAGUUCACUUGAUGCUGUGCUACCUAUUGGUACACUUUAAAAUUUAUUUUAUGCGUAAUACUAAACGGCGAUAAGGAAAAUGACUGGCUUAUCUGCAAGUUGAAUUUGCAUGAGCGAGUCAUAGUCGCGAGAAGCAUACCGACGUUUAGUUUAGUCGACGUUCUCUCUCUAGUAUGAUAUAAAAUAGCGACGCUUCACAUCGUAAUGACAGUUAAUGUUGGAUGUGAUACGCGAGCGAACGUUAGCAAAGUGAAAAAUACGUUUUAUAUCGAGAACAAUUGAGAUCGUUAAGUCAAUCGCACUGUGCAGCGAUAAGUUGCGGAGUAUCCAAUAUUAAAAAUUGAAGACAUCCAAUUUGUGCCAAAGUAAAUUUGAAUAAUUUUUAAGAAGCCCCACACAGUAAAUACGUACAAUGACAAAAACGCAAUUUUCAUCCAAGAUGUCUCCUGUUCAAGAUUUGAAUGCGCUAUUAAUGCAAACGUAUGGUCCCGACUUUCAAAUACACGACGUGGAGUGGAAGCCACUAACCGAUCCGGGAGAAAACUUCGGUAGUGAAAUAUUCGCCAUCAAUAUCCGCGGCGAACAAAAUAAUAAAAACAUAGCUGUGAACGUGGUUGUUAAACUACCGCCGAAAUCAGAGUAUUUAUUGGAUCUGUUCGACAGCCCGAUAACGUUCAAAAAGGAACUGGAAUUCUACAGCACUGUAGCGCCGGAGCUUUUAAAGCUGCAAAACGAAAGCGGGAUUCCGCGGGAAAAUCUAAGCGUCAUCACGCCGCAAUUUUUGGGCGGCAGGCUAGGCCUGAAAGAUCCGCAGCGUUUCGAUCAACAGGCCGCCAUCAUUUUGGAAAAUCUCAAAGAUCACGAUUACACGACGCAAGAUCGCAUUCUAGGCCUAGACAAGGUGCACAUGGAUUUUGCGAUCGAGCAUUUAGCCAAACUGCACGCCAUAACGAUCGGUCUGAAGCUGAAAAAACCCGAAUUUUUCGAAAAAGCGGUGCUGCCCGCUCUCGAGUACACCGUGGACGAGUCUGCGAAAGAUUGCGUAGUAAGCAUGAUAAAAAAGGCGCACGACGAUUACAAAGACAUUAAAGAGGCGGAGCCUUAUUUGGACAGAAUUGAGAAAACAAUCGAACACGGAUUGCGCACCAUCGUGAAGCCGGAAGAACCUUGGGCAACAAUGGUGCAUAACGAUUUCUGGGUGAAUAAUAUGCUGUUCAAAUACGACGAGUCGGGCAAGUUAAUCAAUAUGAAAAUCGUGGACUUCCAAUUGACAGUUUACGAUUAUGGCGUUAACGAUCUUAUAUUCUUCCUCAUAUCGAGUUGCCAGAAAGAGGUGCUCGACAGUCAUCUCGACGACAUGAUUGAUUUGUAUUACGACUCUUUCAUCGAGUGUUUAAAAUCGUUGGACGUAGACACGAGCAGAUUUCCCAAAAGUCAAUUUAUAGAGCAGAUGAAUCUAUGCGCUCCUCUCAAAUUUAGACAGUGUAUUAUGAUGGUGCAAGUAAUCCAAGCGGCGCGCGGCUCCGUCACGGAAACGACCGCCACGGCGGACGAGAACGUUUUUAAGGGUGGCGUUAAUGACGAAAAUUAUAAACAAAAAAUGUUACAUGUAUUGUCUAUAUUCGAUCGGAAAGGAUGGCUUGUGAAUUAAUUAAUCGGAGGCGAAGGAUUGAGGUAAAUCAAUCCUACGCAUAAAAUGAAACCAUUUCAUUAAAAAACAUCGCACAUUUGUAGUACAAAAAAUUAAUAGUUUUAUACGAUCGCGUUUGUAUGCUAAUGAAUAUCUUCCAUGAUAGAUAAUUACUUCGAUGAGUCAGUAGUAUUAGAAGCCGCGGCAUUAACACGAAAGAUGCAAUUUAUCCAUUGUGAUGUUGGAAAUACGAUUCGUGGUUUGCCGCAUUUUUUUAUAACAUUUUAUUGUAAUUAAAAUUUAAUGUAUAUAGUUAUGCAUAACGCAUAUAGCUUGUAGCUGUAAUUUAGUUUUUUAAAGUAAGAACAUCAAUUUU